GGAUAGGAAAAAAAAAAAGCCCAAUCACUUGUACACCAUGCAAUGAAAGUUGUACAUAGAAGUGGAUGGGCAAUUUUUUAAGUUGGUAAUAUGAGUUGAGGUUGGAGGGAAAUAUCGGUUCCUCUUUCAUUUUCAAAGAUCAACAACCUUACUUCCAUUAUUUGUUAGAUGAUUAAUAUCAAUAUAUUUCCUUCCCUGUUCAUUUCUUUAUCUUCUACUUCAAGUGAUAAAUCCCAAGAAGGAUGUGUUUUGCUGAAUAAACAUCAUCAUGCCGUUUGGGUUAGUUUCGGCUUGGAAUAAGCGAAGGAGAAGCAAAUCGGAUGAUCAUCUUGAUCCAUGGGUUUAUAGACCUGUGGAGUACUGGAAGCUUGAACAUGAUCAAAAUAUUCAAAACCCGCCUCCAAAAAGAAGACAUGAAUCGUCGGUUUUUACACUAAAGGAAAUGGAGGAGGCAACUUGUUCAUUCAGCGAAGAAAACCUGCUUGGAAAAGGAGGAUUUGGCAAAGUUUACAAGGGAAAGCUGGCCUCUGGUGAGGUUGUGGCAAUCAAGAAAAUGGAGCUACCACCAUUUAGAGCAGCAGAUGGGGAGCGGGAAUUUCGGGUUGAAGUUGAUAUAUUGAGCAGAUUGGAUCAUCCAAAUCUUGUUUCUUUGAUAGGGUAUUGUGCAGACGGAAAGCACAGGUUUCUGGUCUAUGAAUACAUGCAAAAAGGAAAUCUACAAGAUCAUUUAAAUGGAAUUGGGGAAAAGAAGAUGGAUUGGGCUGUGAGGCUUAAAGUGGCGAUUGGGGUAGCAAGAGGACUUGCUUAUUUGCAUUCAAGUUCUGCAGUUGGAAUUCCUGUUGUACAUAGAGAUUUCAAAUCAACUAAUAUUCUUCUAAGUGAUGACUAUGAAGCAAAGGUAUCAGAUUUUGGUUUGGCUAAGUUAAUGCCAGAGGGUCAAGAAACUCAUGUAACAGCAAGGGUGCUCGGCACAUUUGGCUAUUUUGACCCAGAAUAUACAUCAACAGGAAAACUCACUUUACAGAGUGAUGUUUAUGCAUUUGGGGUUGUUUUGCUUGAACUUUUGACUGGGCGUAGAGCCGUGGACCUCAACCAAGGACCCAAUGAUCAAAAUCUUGUACUUCAGGUUAGACAUUUAUUGAAUGACAAAAAGAGGUUGAGAAAGGUCAUUGAUCCAGAAAUGAAUCGGAGCUCAUACACAAUCGAGUCAGUGUUGAUGUAUGCAAACUUAGCAUCAAGAUGUGUGCGCGUUGAUAGUAAUGAAAGGCCAUCAAUGGAAGAAUGUGUGAAAGAACUCCAAAUCAUCAUUUAUACAAACUCUAAAGGAUUGGGCAUGGCAAUGCAUGCGUUUAGAAUGUUAUGAGAACUUUAUAGACUCUUUUAUGUUUCGAAAAUAAUUAUUUUUCAUUUCUGUAAACAAGCAUAGCAUAAUCUCACUAAAGAUUUGAUGUUCCUCUAUGGAACUUGAAGACCCCACAAAUCUUCAAAGAGAAAAGAACGACAAUAUUUGAUAUUUUUUCCUUUUUUAAGAAACAUCAUGUACUUUUCAUAUGUUA